GCCCGGGCGCUGCUCCUCGGCGCGGCUGGCGCCGAGGCCGGGGCCGCGGGGGCCGCCGGGGCGGGGGCCGCGGCGGGCGGCGCGGGGGCGCGGUUGGAGGAGGCGGCGUUGUCCCCGGCGCCGCCGGCCGCGCCCGAGGAGGCCCCCGCGCUCGCGGAGCUGCGGCGGCGGUGCCUCUCGCCGGACUUGGGUGACGGCGGCCGGCCCUGCGUCGACUGCUGCAACGACGGGCGGGGCAAGAGCCCCUGCCUGGACGUGGGCGCCUGCGCGGCGGCGGCGCAGCCCGGCGGCAGGUACGGCUUGGUGUACGCGCAAGUCGGCAGGCCUGGCUGGCCCUGGCUCACGAACAUUGGCAGCCUGUCGAAGGCCGGGGCCAAGGUGGCCAUGGAGCUGGGGGUCAGGGUGGACCUCGUGCUCAUCAUUCCCUCCUGGGACGCCAGGGGGCUCAGUCCCGAGCACAGGGCCCACCUCGAGGCCUGGGAGGUGCAGGUCAAAGAGGUGGAGUGGACGCUCCCCCCGAGGCUGAAGUGGCACCCGAGGAACUGGUGGCCGGGCAAGCCAGACGGCUGGUGCGGCCCGCAGGAUUUGGUGCGGCUCCACGCGCUGGGCCUCGAGGGCUACGACGCCGUCGCCUUCUACGACCAGGACGUGGAGAUCCAGGGGGACCUGGGCCCUGUGCUUCUCUGCGCCUCCACGGGGAAGUUCCUGAGCACCAGCGGCGGGGCGGGCGAGCCGCUGAACGUCGGCUUCUUCGCGGUGCGCCCGCACCGCCGGCUGCAGCUGGCGGCGGAGCUGUGGGCGGAGAACCUGACUUUCAGCCACGUCGACGGCUGGGCCGGCAUCGGCUUCCUGCCCGCCGAGGACAAGUUCGUGGGCGCCGAGUGCGGCCAGGGCUACCUCCACACCCUCUUCUACAAGCAGGCGGCCCCCUCGGUGAGCCGCGCGCUGGCUGCCGCGGGCAUCGCGGGCGAGGGCGGGGAGGGCGCGGUCGCCGCGGCGCAGCUGGACCGGUGCGUCUGGAACUACCAGCACGGGCCCGACUGCCCGCCCAGGUUCAACUGCUCGCGCGUGGUCGCCCACCACAACCCAACUCCCCGCCGG